AUGGAGGUCCAAAUGGUUCAUUUGUAUACUAAAAAGUACUUUCAGUACUUUCAAGUUCAGCUUCAUGAUGGUAAUGGCUAUUUUGUAGAUGUCGUAAUGGAGGAUGACAUUCGUUGUGUUUACAAAACUAAAAGGGUGUUUGCUAAAAACCUUAGAAUGCGGACGCUUGUACAUGAUAAGGUAUCAAACAUAGUGACAUGCAGUUGUAGAAUGUUUGAGUUUGAAGGUAUCCCUUGUAGACAUAUUUUGGCUUUGUUACGACUGAAACAGAUUAUGGAGUUGCCCAAAGAUUAUAUAUUGAGAAGAUGGACAAGGUUUUCAAGAGUUCAUAAACAAACAAGUCAAGGCCAAGAUGGUGCAGAUAGUUCAUUGAUAAUGAGACACAAUGGUAUGUUCAAAAUUGCUUCCAGCUUAAUUGAUGAGGCUGCUAUUUCAACUGAGGGGACUGAACUUGUGAAGAAGUCAUUUGAAGGGCUAUUGGAGCAAAUUAAGAAGCUAAAUCUUUCUGUUGGGCAAUCUUCUACAAAAAAUUCCACAGCUGGAACUUCUCAAGAAAAUCGUUUCCUGGAUCCUUUUCAAGUGAAGACUAAAGGCAGUGGAUUAUGCCUAACAUCAUGGAGAGAUAGGAAAGGAAAAGUCAGACGUUGCUCUAUAUGUCAAAGUACUAAACAUACUAAAAAAACAUGCCCAUCUGUUAGGUCAAAGGUCGUAGAAGAUGAUGUCGACAAAGCAUUGGGUGAACAAGAUCAUUUGGUUGAUGAACUAUAA